UGGCACAAGUUAACAGAUAGCAGUCGUCAUUGUCGUGAGACGGCGAAGAAGUCAAUAUGAGUCAACUCGCAAGGCUAAUUUUGGCUCUUUAUUGCGCAGUUUUGAGUUUCCAGCCCGGCGGGGUGAUGGGACAGGGCCUGAUAACGGGAGGAUGCCGCAAAGACAUCAUCUUGAAGUCAAGAACGGGAGCCACGAUGAUUGGGGUAGAGUCGGAGCGCCAUCAAGGUCAAACCUACCAGCAGUGUGUGAACAAGUGUCGGGCUAAGACCACCCCAGCCCCUGAUCACUGCUUUGGGAUCGAGUUCCACGCAAGCUCGAAUGAGUGCCGGCUGAUGAAGAAGGGCAUGGGAAGUCAAACUGGCUGGAGACGAGCUCCACUAUGGUUUCAUUUUGAACGCUAUUGCCUUCAGGUCAAGGCGUAUACCAGCAUCGGCAGGUUGUUAGGGCCGAUUGCGGUGAAGAUGGGCCAGGCUGACUUCAUGGCUUGCAGUAGCCUCCUGUGGACACGGAACGCGGCCAAGGCUACCUGCAGGGCCUUCGGUCGCCAGGACGGCCUCCCGAUCACCCAGGGGUGUGACAUGCCAUUCGAACUCAGUUUAGUGCGACCAGAGAAUAGAACUUUCCAUAAGAUCUCAUGCACAGGAAGCGAGUCAAACCUGCUCGACUGCAGAGGUGAACUGGAUGGUAACCCAUGUCCCGCCGACAAAUACGCCAGUGUCCAGUGCUUCAAAAAGCCGCUGCUGCCAGACAGGGAAGAAAUGGCUUUACGCCUUCGCAUCUACUCGAAUGACUCCUCUCUGAGUAACUGGGGAAUGGUACAGGUGCGCCAUCUUGGACACUGGGCAGGCGUAUGCGAGAUUUCCGAUAGAGAAGCCAAGGUAAUCUGUAAACAACUCGGUCACGGGGACGGUAUCGCCCUUUUCGCCAGUAGGUGGUCACGUCCCACUGCAGACUUCGGUCUGAAGGAACCGGUGUAUUCCCUGCGGAAGAUGAUAUGUCCUGCGAAUGGCCGAAAUAUCCAGUCGUGCAGUUUUGAUAAUGCAUGUAAAUUGACGCCGUACUGCCAUACCAAUGGAUUUGCGCACGUCCUGUGUACAUCAAGAGCGGUAUAUGACGGCGCUUUGAGACUGACCGACGGUCCACCUAGCGCCGGCCGUGUAGAAUACAGAUUUGAAGGAACCUGGGGCACUAUCUUAGCCAAUGACAACUGGACUCCAGUCGAGGCAACUGUCGCAUGCAAAGAGGUGGGCUACAAGUAUGGCGUCCCGAAGUUCCUGCAUACUACGUCAGCAAAACCUGUGUGGCUGAAUGACGUGCAUUGUUAUGGUACUGAAGAUAAGAUCAUUCACUGUCGUCUGGCACGUGGAUGGAAGAACCCACAUCCCUUGAGUUUGGCGGGAAGGCGCGAUGCUGGUGUCACGUGCUCUAACAAUGUAAAAUUCCGGCUGGCCAACGGUGACAAGCCCAACAAUGGCCGGGUGGAGCUAAGUGUCCCCGGAUCGACCGCAGCAUGGGGUUCCGUCUGCAGUGAUCUCUGGAGUGACCUUGAUUCAAAUGUCCUAUGUAAGCAGUUUGGAUAUACACACGGAGGAAAGGUACUUGCGAACACUCCAUUUGGCCGAGGCGCCGGCCCCAUCCUUCUCGACGAGGUCCAGUGUAACGGCACGGAAUCAAAUAUCAUUGACUGCAAGCGCAAGCCAUUCGGGGUUCAUAACUGUACUCAUUACAAGGAUCUCACGGUGGAAUGUCACCUCAACGACGGCGCAGCUGGAGCGGCCAACCCUCUUCUUCCAUCCGGGUCUAGCGAUCCAAAUUUCUUCUUCAUACGGCGACCGCAGAACACCACCACGACUGUCGGCAGUAAUCGAGUGUUUCUCCAGUGUAAGACAAGCCAAAUGGCUAAUAUAGAAUGGUACCUGAACGGACGUAAAAUAGAUCCGAGCGAGUCUGAGUCUGGAUUCCAACUCUACAGCGGGGGUGUGCUUCUCAUCCGUAAUGUCAAGCGGCGUCAUGCUGGCAUGUACACAUGCGAAGCGCAAAAACUUGGUGCAGACGAUGUCAUCAUUCGCGCACACGCCUGGGUGCAUAUACCAAUUUUCAAUGACGAGGAAUGCGAGCAAUAUCUCGAUGAGAAGCCAGAAAAUAUGACAACCAGAGAACAGUCCACAGUCCUAUUCAAAUGCUACGCCAGUUUGGCACAAAAUAUUACAUGGGCGAAAGACGGUGUAUCAAUUGUUCGAGAUGGCCGCCGGGAUAUUUUGGUGAAUGGCUUCCUAAAGAUUCAUCGGGUGUCGAGGCAGGAUGCUGGAACAUACAUCUGCAGAGCUUCCAUCAAGACAGUUGAUGAUGAAGUGUGUCAUACUCAAACGAAAGCUCAACUUACCGUGUUUGUAGAUAUAAGUGAAGUUUGUGGUCAGCCAAUAGUGAACCAGCCUCGCAUCUCUCAGGAGGAGAGCCGUGGUUACGUGACAGGGGGACGGGAGGCUCUACCGGGGUCGGCUCCUUGGCAGGCCAUGCUCACACUCCGAUCCAGACAGUGGCAGCCAACAUGUGCAGGGACCAUCAUUCACGAAUCGCUCAUCCUAACUGCUGCACAUUGCCUGAGGAACCCCAGAUCGCCCGUCGUCGGAGAGAAUGACAUCAAGGUCAAAGUUGGCAAACAUAUGCGCAGACAGCAGGAUGGACAGGAAGUGUUGUACACAGUCAAGGAAAUUCUCAUUCAUGAACAUUUCGAUCAAAAUAACUUCGAUAAUGAUGUGGCUAUACUGAAACUGCACACGACGAUAGCCUUCACAGAUUACAUCAGGCCGAAUUGUAUCGGGGACAUCGCUCAACUGACGAGAUUGCUUUCGCCAGGAACGUACGGGACUUUGACAGGCUGGGGCCAGUUGAACAAUGAUGGUCAACUGCCCAAUGCUCUGAACGAAGUGAGACUUCCAGUGGUAGACAGGACUACGUGCGCCAGCACCACGACCUAUCCAUUUACGCAAAAUAUGUUCUGCGCAGGGUUCGGUCAAGCAACACGUGGCGACUCGUGCAAGGGAGAUAGUGGAGGGCCAUUCUCCAUCAAAGACUCCGCGACGGGGAGAUGGUACAUAGGAGGUAUCGUGAGUUGGGGGGACGAUAAGGGAUGUGGACUUCCAGGAAAGUACGGCUACUAUACCAAGGUGACGAAUUAUGUGGAAUGGAUCCGCGAUUAUAUCUUCCUGGAAAGUUUAACUGAUUAAUAAGAUUCUCUUCUUGGGUUAUUCAAAACCCAUGCUAAACAUUUGGACAUGUUAUAUACAGUACCUGCUUGUAUAAUUAGCUGCAGCCUAGGCCUGGUAAAUUCUCUAAGUCCAUAUUCUGAUUCAUACAGUCGGAGUGAGUGUGUCUAGGAGAACAACCGAUUAUGAUAAGUAACACAGAUCCCGGGGCGAUCAUGUAACAUGUGUAAUGAGUUAAUGAUAUCCAAAACAGGUGUAAAAGAAAGGCAAGUCCCCCCGGAACCAGUAGCGAUGAUGUCCAUUUUACUCCAACAAUAGACAUUGUUGACUGGACCUAUCAACGGGCUCUGUAGAUUAAGAAUCCACCAUAGAUUGAAGAAUAAAACCACUUUCACCCAUCA